CUGUUCACAGCUAGGCAGGUGCUGAUCAUGCUGCUGUGGCAAAUUUCAGUGGAUAAAAGGAGCUUCCUAGAGCUAGCAGCCUAGCACGCAUUGCUUCACAUGUAAUAAUCGGAUCGGCAUCCAAGAGAGUGAUCGAACACAAAGAAUUAAUGGCCUCCUCUUCAUCACAAGCACCCAUUAGCAAGCCUGAAAAUAAGUCUGAGCUAUAUCCCACCUGGCACCUGCCUCUAUACAAAGCUGCGCUUAGAGGUGACUGGGAGAGCGCCUGCGAAAUCUUGAAGCAAAACCCAGGGGCAGCCACGGCCAAGAUCCUGGGCUUCCAAAUUCCAAUAUGCGCUCCAUGUGGCUGUAGGGACAGGAAAGGCAAAUGACUUCGUCACGAAGCUGGUGAAAGGGAUGUCACCGGAGGACCUUGAAAUAGCCAACCAAAGCAAGGUGACGGCUCUUACUAUAGCUGCUGCCAUUGGAAACACUGAUGCGGCCAAGUUGCUAGUUAGUAUAAACCCAAACUUGCCUCAUAUUCAGGACGGGGAUGAAGGGUUUCCAGUCCACAGGGCUGCGCAAUCUGGUCACAAGGAAACGCUUGUCUACUUACUUAAAGUAACAAGAGAUGAUGUGCAGCCCAGUCCAUUUGAGAAUAAUUCGGGUGUUUGGCUUCUACGUCAAAUCAUCUUCGUAGGAUUUUACGAUUUGGCAGCUGAUCAGGUUCAGCGGCACCCAAAGUUGGCAACAUUGGAGGGUGUCCCUCCGAUGAAGUUGGAGAAUGUUCCUAACAAUUCCAUUAGAGGAGACAUAGAGAAUCCAGCUAACAACUCCCAAGCGCCGAUCUGGAGCAGCUUUCAACAUUUCAGGGGAGGCAACUUUCUUCGUCCUGUGUGUGGUGCGGUGAGGCAGAAGCUGCACAGAGCCCUGUGGGAUUUAAUUGACAGUUUAGUACCACAGGUUAAGCACAUCCGUCAAAUGAAAUUUAUGCACGGUGAAGCGCUUAGACUCGUCAAAUUGCUAUGCACUGAAGCUGAACGUUUGGAUCCUCAAAAGGCUGCAAACAUAUUUGCGGAUCCAUUGUUCCAAGCAGUAUCACAUGGAAUACCUGAAAUCAUUGAAAAUAUUUUAGUCUCCUUUCCAAUUGCAGUUCAAUUUCGUGACAAUGAGGGCCGUAACAUAAUCGAAAGGGCGGUUCUAUACCGUCGCCACAAUGUCUUCAACUUAAUAUAUAGAAUGAAUCGUCAGACUAAACAUGCAUUAGCAGAGGACCUAGAUAGGUUUCAGACUAAUAUCUUGCAUCUGGCAGGAAUUUUGGCACCGCAAGACCAGCACAAUCUUGUUUCCAGUGCGGCUCUGCAAAUGCAACGGGAGUUGCAAUGGUUUAAGGAAGUGGAAAAGCUUGUACCGAGUAUCUAUAGGGAUGCUAGGAACUACGAAGGAAAGACGCCGAGAAUGGUGUUCACCGACAAACACAAGGAAUUGGUUAAAGAAGGAGAGAAAUGGAUGAAGGAUACAGCAAAUUCAUGCUCGGUGGUUGCAGCACUUAUCGCCACAGUCGUGUUUGCCGCAGCCAUCACAGUACCAGGUGGCACAAACGGUGAUAGCGGAUUCCCAGUUUUUUCUAGUGAAAAGGCUUUUGUUAUUUUCGCUGUCUCAGAUGCACUCUCUCUCUUCUCAUCCACCGCCGCCAUCCUCAUGUUCUUGUCCAUCCUCACCGCUCGUUAUGCUGGAGAUAACUUUCUCCAAGCCCUGCCCAAGAGGCUAAUCAUGGGGCUCCUCACCCUUUUCAUCUCCAUAACUACCAUGAUGAUUGCCUUUAGUGCCACACUGUAUCUUGUGUUUGGAAACGAUGAGACAUGGAUUCUAACAUCCGUGGCUGCAUCAGCUUGUCUAUUAGUGAUUUUGUUUGUUUACCUGCAAUUUUCUCUACUUGUGGAUAUGUUCUCUUCCAUUUAUGGCCAUGGAAUUGUUGGCCAGCGUAGUGAAGAACCCUUAUGCUAAAUCAGAAUUCAGAACUAAGGUGAGCCUU